AUGUCGCAGAAGAAGAUAUUCCUGGUCUUCGUUGCCAUCAGUACUGUCAGUCUUCUGCUGCACCAUGGGGGCCACUUGAGCUGGACCAUGGAGGCUUUCCACCUCGGUUGUCCUGCUCUUCGCUCCCAUCCUGCCCCCGGCCUGAAACCCAAGCACACCAACGUGGUCUUUCUCAAGACCCACAAAACGGCCAGCACCACCAUGCAGAACCUGCUGUUCCGCUUUGCAGAGCGCAACAAUCUGACGGUGGCGCUGCCCGUGCAGGCCUGCGGUCACCAGUUCUGCUACCCGCGCUCCUUCACCUCUCACUUUGUUCAUCCGCACACGCUACCACCAAACAUCAUCACCAGCCACAUGCGUUUCAACAAGGCCGAGCUGCAGCGCCUGAUGCCCAACGAUACGAUAUACGUAACGAUCCUGAGAGAGCCCGGAUCCAUGUUUGAAUCGUUGUUCAGUUACUACAACCAGUACUGUCAGAGCUUUAAGAGGGUCCCUAAUGGCAGCCUGGAAGCUUUCUUGGAGGAGCCCUGGCGCUACUACAGACCAGAUGAGAAGGACUCCAUGUAUGCACGCAACACCUUGACCUUCGACCUGGGAGGAGACAAAGAUCGCCCAGCGACAGAUGCGGCGUACGCACGAGCCUUCGUGGCAGAGGUGGAUCGAGUGUUCUCGUUGGUCAUGAUAGCUGAGUACUUUGAUGAAUCGCUGGUUCUGCUUCGCCAUCUCCUCUCCUGGGAUCUGGAUGACAUUCUAUACGUUAAGCUCAACAUGCGGACACCAAGUUCCAAGCGAAGUCUCACUCCUGGUCUUCCUGCAAAGAUCCGUGCCUGGAAUUCCUUAGACGCACGUCUCUAUGACCACUUUAAUGCCUCAUUGUGGAGACAGCUGUCGGCCCUGGGUCCAGCCUGUGUGGCAAGGGAGGUGCGACUCCUUCGGCGGGCCCAGGAAAGGCUGAUGAGAAGCUGUUUUGGUGGGCGGAUGCCACUUCUCCGCUCAGCUGCCCAGAUCAAAAACAAGGAUCUCCGCCCCUGGCAGCCCAGUGGAAAGGUCGACAUCGUGGGCUACGACCUCCCGGUAAAUCUCAGCCGUGGGUUCUCGACCCAGUCCCAGGAGCUCUGCCUCAAGCUCAUCAUGCCAGAAGUCCAGUACACACGGGUGCUCCUGCGUUCCCAGUCACUGCGCUACCGUCGAGGCUAUCAGCUUCGGCCUCCGCAGCAGUCGCAUCCCCUCCAGCAGCCCAUACGCACAGUCCUGCCUCGGCAUCCUCAAGUCCACCGCAGUCAACCGCCACCUCCUGCUGCUCCAGGCCCUGCCUCAGGAACAAGGUCCACCUCCACCUCAAAGCCCGCUGCAGGAACUCAAGGUCGGACCACAAAGUUAGGGCCUAAACCCUCACAGACCCAGGCCUCAUAGACUGG